GAGAGAAACACAAAUGGUUGACUCUCCCCUAUAAUUUCUUCUCCCUUUUUCACUCUCUUCAUUUCUUCUUCCUUCAUCAUCAUCAUCAGCUUCUUUAACCAAAACACAACUUACAAGAAAACUGUUGAAUCUGUGUAUCUUAACAUCUCCUUUGACCUUUGAGAAGAAUCAGAUUGGUUGGUGUCUUGGUUUGAGAUGACGGUUGAGCUGAUGAUGAGCAGCUACGGCGGAGGCGGAGGAGGAGACGGUUUUCCUGCAAUCGUCGCGGCAGCGAAACUGGAAGACACAGCUUUGAGAGAAGCUGCGUCUGCAGGGAUUCACGGUGUGGAGGAGUUUCUCAAACUCAUCGGUCAAAGUCAACCAACGGAGAAGAAUCAGACGGAGAUAACGGCGGUGACUGACGUCGCCGUUAACAACUUCAAGAAGGUCAUUUCUUUACUCGGUAGAUCUAGAACUGGACACGCUAGAUUCAGACGAGCUCCCACAACGACGCAAACGCCGUUUAAGCAAACGACGGUGGUGGAGGAGGAGGCGGAGGAGAAGAAGCCAGAAACAACCUCCGUGUUAACAAAACAGAAAACAGAGCAAUACAAUCACGGUGGAUCUGCUUUUAGAGUUUAUUGUCCAACUCCAAUUCAUCGUCGUCCUCCUCUAUCACACAACAACAACAACAAUCAGAAUCAAACAAAGAACGGUUCGUCUUCUUCGUCUCCUCCGAUACUCACAAACGGAGCACCGUCAACGAUAAACUUCGCGCCGUCACCACCAGUCUCAGCGACGAACUCAUUCAUGUCUUCUCAUAGAUGUGACACCAACAGUACUCAUAUGUCAUCAGGAUUCGAGUUCACUAACCCAUCUCAGGUCUCUGGUUCGAGAGGUAAACCUCCUUUAUCAUCAGCUUCAUUAAAGAGAAGAUGUAACUCCUCUCCCUCUAGUCGUUGCCAUUGCUCCAAGAAAAGGAAAUCAAGAGUGAAGAGAGUGAUUAGAGUUCCAGCAGUAAGUAGCAAAAUGGCUGAUAUACCAUCAGACGAGUUUUCAUGGAGAAAAUACGGUCAAAAACCAAUUAAAGGCUCUCCUCAUCCUCGGGGAUAUUACAAGUGCAGCAGUGUAAGAGGUUGUCCGGCGCGUAAGCAUGUGGAGCGUGCACUGGACGAUGCGAUGAUGCUAAUCGUGACAUACGAAGGAGACCACAACCAUGCUUUGGUUCUCGAGACGACGACGACGAAUCAUGACAAAACUCUUUAAUUUCUCGAGUUUGAUGGCAAGUGUUUGUGACCACUCUCCAGAUUAGUCAACGACAUAGUGGGCCUGCACUGCACUUUAUUAGUAUUAUUUUUUUUGAAAAACAUUUUAAAAAGCUUUUGCUUUAUCUUUCUUUUGAUUGGAGAAAAUAGAGGGGGAGAGAUAAAGACGAGAGAUAGGAGGAACGUUGUGGAUCUUGAUGGAAGUUGAAUCAUGUGAAUGUCCUUUUCUGUUUAUUUAUUAUCUAGUAGGAUAAUAUAUAGCCCUGUUUUAGUCAAA